CUCAACUCUGACUGAUGUGAGAUGAGCGGUGCGACUACCUGCAUGCAGUGCAAGUUGUAAACAGAUUUCACCAAUAACAAUGGUUAACUUGCUGCGUCUUCCAGUUCCCUACCAUGUGAAGCGUCUAUGACUUAAGUCUGUUGUGAAGCAUACCUCUUGUUGUUUUUGCUCAGUACAACACUCGCUGUAAUUAAAGUCGUUGCUGAUUGGUAAACCCAGCACCAUGGGGAGCUCUCGUGCCAGCCAGUACUGUGGAAUCUUCUGGGCGAUGUGUAGAAUUGGAACUCAUAGGUGUUGUCAGAAGCUUUGCUGUCAGCGUGAGCCACCACCUAGACCACAGUACACUGCAGUCUGUCUGGGGCUGUCUGGAGCAGGGAAGACCACCCUGCUUACUCUGCUGUGCGGGGAGAAGAAUGAAGAAAUUGUGCCUACAGUUGGUUUCAGUAUAAAAGCAGUUCCUCUUGAAGAUGCCGUACUAAACUGCAAAGAGUUAGGAGGUGGGUCAAAUAUACAACCUCACUGGCAUCGAUAUUAUGAAGGGACUGAAGCCAUUGUGUUUGUUCUUGACAGUGCCUGCUCUGACAGUGAUUUACAAGAGGUAUCGGAUGUGUUAUCCACUACCCUGACGCAUGCCUCCUUACUGGGUCUACCCCUUCUGAUUCUAGCCAGUCACCAGGAUAAGUCAUCAGCUCGCGAUAAAGACCAGCUUUCCGAUGCCCUCAACCUAGACAACUUGAGAGCAGGUCGUGACACAGUACUACAGCUCUGCUCCAGGGACGACCUUGCCAGCGCCAAAGAAGGGCUGACCCGUUUAGCCCAAAUAUUACACACUACAACAGACAGUGAAGAGGACAACAGGGUGUGAUGAAGACAUCAUUGUGCUUGCCAGGUUGCGAUUUGAACUGAAAUCCGGACCCAAACAGAGAAUGAUGACUCCAAGGCGAUCCACUUUGUGCUGAGAAUCUGUAAGUUUUUUAGGGUAGCAGCCCUGGGAUUUCAUCUUUGAGAGGGCACAACCAUUUUCAUUGUGCUAAGGGCACUUCCAUUGGAAAAUCUUAAAGUCAAUUGGAGACUUUUGAAGGGACACCAAGACCAUAGCCUUCAUGGCACGCUUGUAAUUCCAGGCCCGUGGUAGGAUUUGCCCUGGAGCUGUAUCUGCAGAGGUGCGUCGAUGAACGUCUUUCACAAUACUGUUUAAAAAAAGAAUGCUGUUUGUUUUGUAGUUUUCGUCCAGAGAAUUGUGUGUGUGCUUGCAUCUCUGGAGCUUGGGUUAACAUUGGAGGACGAUAUUCUAAGUAACAACGGCAACAGAUUUGUUUGUGUGCGGAUUCGUCGGCCGUAGGUCUACAGGAGACUGUAUUCAAAGUUUUUAAAAAGAGGAAAUAAAAUUAUGUCAAUCUGAUAUAACAGUACUGAGUAGAUUUAAAAGUUUAGCAGAGUCAGCUUAGACCAAACGCCAUGCGCCUAGAUGUUUGUGACAAAUUCAUGUGUUAAAUGGGUUUGUUUCAAUUUAAAUUUGUGUAAGUAGUUUCAGGGUGUGAACAUUUUUCUGUAAAGAGAAGACGUAACAGGUUUCGAUGUUGUAAGAAGUUGCAAGGGUCGUGGGUUCGAAUCCCACCCGAGUAAUAUGCCUGUGUUUGGUUUAUUUUGUAGAGGAUAACAAUAUUUUUUACGAAUUUGAUGCUUUGAGAUUGUAAAUUAUAACAAUACAUCAACUAAAUUAGGAAACUUGUAAUGUGUAUAGAUUGUGUAAGUGUUGCACAGACAGUUGUGCACACUGUUUCAGAAUUGUUUAAAAGCUUCCUAGUUUUCUAUAACACAAUUAUUUUGAACGGCAAUGAGACAAAAAUAAGUGUCAUCAUUAUUUUUCCAAAGAGAGGAAUGUGUCCAUUUUUUUGUCUUCUGCUUGGAAGUAGAUUGGUAAUCAGUACUCUAGCAAUGUACCUAGUUUAGAGAAAAACUUGUUCUUUGAUUCGUUUUCUGCAACAAAAGUGGAUCUGAAUAUCUGUCGACUACCUACACGUACAUGUAGUUCAGAUAAGGACUUGUCCUGCAUCUGUGUAUCUAUUGCAGUAAAAUAGAAUAGGAAUGUAUUGUUUACUUUCUGAUUCCGAGUGAGCUCUAUUGGGUCUUGAAGACUCAUUAUUAAUUUGUGCUUUCUUAUAAAUAUAGCAGGAGUGCGUUUUGGCGACGAUAACCGAGUGAUAACCGAGUUGUGAGCGCGGUUACCGUUUUCGUUAUGACGUCAGAAACAACUAUUGGUUACAGCCGCCAAAACGCACCCUAGAGUGCAUUGUUUAGAAAUUCUGUGUGUAUAGUUUUUAUAAAGUUUGCUUCAUGUCAGCUUUUUGUGAGAAGACGUUAAUUGUUUAGAAAAUAGGGCCAGGAAUGGACAAAAGAAUACAUGAAAUACUUGCAGUGCAAUGCUUUUUACAAAAUUGUAAUUUAUAAUGGUUUAAAAUCACGUUCAAUGCAAUUGGACAUUCAUUUAUCAUCAUAGGAAAUUAACUGAUGUUUUUUUUUAUUUUUUUUUAUAUAUACCAGCAGAAUUUUAAUCAUCAGGAAAAAUCUGUAGCUAUAAGCAACUGCAUGUUUAUAAGAAUAUCUUCUUUUUAUUUUAGUAAAAAUUGAAGAAUCCCUGCAGGUUUUUUUUGUGGUGAAUUAAAAGACAAAGUAUUGAAUGUAUUCUGUACAUCUAGAUGUUAAUGUAUUAUAGAAUAUUGUAUUCACAAUUUGAACUUUGCCGUGUGCUUCAGGCCAGCCAGGGCUCAAUUUUUUAUUAGAUGAAUCGUGCAUAAAAUCAUAUUUUAGAUUAUCACCUAGAGCUUUCCAAAAGCUUCCGGUAAGUUCUUGUGGCUUAUCGCCAAAUCUGAAUUGUUACAGCUAAAACUCGACUGUAGUUAAUGCUACUAUCACACUGUGAAGAAUAUGCAAGCGAAUCUGCUUACAAAUGGAAAUAUUACACACUCGCUCAAACUUUGCAACAUUGGCCCUGUCUUCGUAAGCGUUGGUAACAAAUUUGAAACUUUCACAAAUUACUGUACUCCCCACCUCCUUAUGAAGAUCGUAAGCAUUGGCAAAGUUCGUAAAGGCAUUGGAAAGCAUUGCUAAGCAUUCAUAAUAUAUUCAUGAGAUAUUGGUAAUUGAGGGGUGAGACCGAGAUGAAAAUUGUCACUAUUCAAUUGCCAUUUUUUGACAAAUUCACUGCAAUGUUCAAAUAUUCAUCUUCCCAAGGACAUUCGCCAAAGACUGAAAGCAGCAAUGCAAAGUCCUUCCUAAAUUUCAGCGAAAGUUGUUGAAGACGGCAAUUCGCCAUCGGUUUUGUAAGCAUUGGUAACCCAUUGGUAACAUUGGUAAGGCGUGCGUAUUAUUCGUAAAAUAUUGGUAAGGGAGAGUUCAAGGGAAGAUCAAGACAAUAUUCACUAUCCAAUUGCAAUUUUGGCGCGAAUUCAUCGCGUAUUUCAAAUAUUCAUAUUCGCAAGAAUAUUCAUCACAAUGUGAGAGUAGCAUAAGGAAAUCCUAUAAUAGAAUGUAUUGAAUAUGACGUCAUCACCGUUCAAAUAUCUACCCCAAAAGAUGGCGUCCGUGAGCGGGGGUGUGUGUGUUUGUGCGUGCUUGUGCGCCGUGGAAAUCAAACCGGGAUCGCUGCGUGCUGCGUGUUUCUUUGAUGUACGCAUUUAGACGCGCAUACAGUUUGCCCUAUACAAGAUUGGGACUUUCAUAGCAGCAAAGGGAUCGUUCAAUACGGUCUAUAAGGCAUAAUGAAGCAGUGACCUAGCCAGAGCUGUAGCCAUCAGUUUGGACACGGCUUAAUCGCCAAAACUGUCCGAUCUAUCUUUUUGUUAUCAGAUGGACAGUCUUGAGGUGCUCUUUUCAUUAGUCUUUGUUCAGGGCCUUUUUUUUUAAUUAUACCCAACCACACCAACAUGACCAAUGUGUUUUUUGGAAAUCUUGCAGUUCACCAUAAAGGCAUCCGCCCAGCCUACAAGCUAAUUGCUUUAAUUGGCCAUGCCUCCAAUCAGUUUUCAGCCUUGUAAAAUCCUGUUGUUGUUUUUUUUUGGUAUUUUGUGUUUGUAUGGAAAUAAUUAUUGCCUGAUUGAUUGAUUGACGUAAGACUAAUAGCGCUCUGGAUGUUUAUUGUUGAACUUUGACCAAAUCAGUGUAGAUCACUGCUGACUUUGAUGGAAAACUGAUCUUGGCGCACAGGAGGCGUUUUAUUUAUUCUUCGUUUUGUUUUUGUUUUGCUGUGAAAAAAAAAAGUGAUAUUUAUAAUUUGUUACUUUUUCUUCACCUCUGGGUGUUUGUAUUUUCGAAAAUAAAUGUACUAUGUAUAAAUGCUGCAUUAAUCUUUCAAAAUUAUGUCUGUAAACCACUGUACUGUAUGUAUUAUACAAGUAUGUAUUGUCAGGGCUUGUAAUGUACAUGUCCUUUAACUGUUUAAAAAAGAAAAACCCCUGCAAAAUCUUUUUUGAAUUUACAUCUAAAUUGUUGAGUCAUAUUGGCAAAAAAAAAAAAUGAACUACAUUCAUCAGUGAAUCUGUAAAGGUCCAUUGUAGAUGCACUGGAGAAAAAAACACAAGACUACAUGUACAUAACCGUUACCGCCCCCAUUGCUAAACCACUACAGCCGAUUUCACGAAACGAAUCCUAUCUCGAGUUAGGACAAGUAACCGGUCCUAACUUAGGAUGGGUUCAAUGCGUCCUAACGUCUGUGGAUACGGAAACUAACUCGUCCUUUAUUGUAAGUCCUGAGAAUGAUCCUAAGUUAGGAAGAGUUUGGUGAAAUCGGAGGCUGGAGACUGACCAGCGGUUGGGUAUAUCAAGCCCUGCUUUGUCUGUAUACGUCUAAAAUAUAUGUUCUUGUUUACUUCUCUGGGGUUUGUUGCUGUCUCUGUUCUUACCAAGUGUAUUAUAAUAAUUAUAAUAACUACUUCUUAUCAAUGCGCUUGUUAUCCUGCCCCAUGGUCAUUAGGCCAAUUACAAUCGUGUAAUCGUUCUCAGCUCCAUUGGGGGAGUAUACAGCCCUGGGCUGCAAUGGGACUCUGCAAGCAUAUAUGUAUGUAUAGUGUCAACACAAUCGACCUAAUUCUACCCUCACAGGUUCUACCCCUUGGUGAAGAGAAGCAAUUAUAGUAAAGCAUCUUGCCUAUAAGGGCACAAGUUUCAUGACCAGCAUUCGAACCACACCCCGAUGACUUUAUCACCAGAACUCCAGACCUAUUGCAAAGCAACUUCACUUACCGUGUCAUUAUAAAACAUAGUUUAAUAAUAACUUUUAACAAUUUCGAUUGGGACAAAAUUUGCUCUCCUAAAUGUAGAACCACUUACUGUAUCAUUUAAUAUAAAACAUAGUUUUAAUAAUAACUUUUAACAAUUUCAUUUGGGACAAAAUUGGUUUUCCUGUAGAACCACUUACUGUAUAAUUUAAUAUAAACAGAGAUUAAAAACAGCUUUUAACAAUUUCUGUUGGGACAAAAUUUUGCUCUUCUGUGGAAUCAGACGUAUCUGUUUGUUUGCUGUGUUCAUAUUAUAUUGUUUAGGAAUUUUGUGAUGUAGUCAAGGGGGCCUACAUUAAGCAAAACAAUGACGUUAUUAUUAUAAGUAAAAAAUAAAUAAAUAAAUCUGGGGGGGGAUAUUGCUAGCAAUAUCAGUUUAGGUAUUCAUCCAUAUUGUAAAUUUAUUUCCUUUAAAGGCAGUGGACACUAUUGGUAAACUCAAAAUAUUUAUUAGCAUAAAACCUUUCUUGGU